AUGGCCGCUAUGACGGAUAUACAUGGUGGUUUUGGGCUCGCCGCAAUGGUAAAUAUCGCCGAUACUGUGGGUUUUUCCACCAUAAUUUGCUAUAACGGCACCGCAAAGCAGCCGGUAUGGUGGGAUUUUGACUCCCCCAUGGACAACCACCAUCGACAACGCUUAUAUGUCACAGAUUUCUCAUGCGAAAAGCUUGCUAUUGGGUUGACAUUAUCCCAAGCCUAUUUGGCUGUGAAAAAUAUACACUUAAUGCUGGUAUAUCAUGUUAAAUACAGAUGUUGGGAAUUUACCUGCUACAGGGUGACAUUUAAGGCUGAGUGA